GCUGUUUUCUCCUAACAAUGACUGAAGACAGUAUAGAAGGCAUUUAUGAUACUUUAAAACGUUGUGCAUUAAUUUCAAAAUCUGCUGGAGGAAUUGGAUUAAAUGUGCAUUGUAUUAGGGCUACAGGGAGUUAUAUUGCUGGGACAAAUGGUUCUUCAAAUGGAAUUGUGCCUAUGUUGAGAGUGUAUAACAACACAGCACGUUAUGUGGAUCAAGGUGGAAAUAAGAGACCUGGAGCUUUUGCAAUUUAUUUAGAACCUUGGCAUGCAGACAUAUUUGACUUUUUAGAUUUAAAGAAGAAUACUGGCAAAGAAGAGCAAAGAGCAAGAGAUCUGUUUUAUGCAUUAUGGAUUCCAGAUUUAUUUAUGAGACGAGUAGAAAAAGAUGAAACGUGGAGUCUAAUGUGUCCAAAUGAAUCACCAGGACUUCAUGAAUGCUGGGGGGAGGAAUUUGAAGAAUUGUAUGAAAGGUAUGAAAAAGAAGGGAGGUUCAGAAAGCAAGUUAAAGCGCAAUCACUGUGGUAUGCAAUUAUUGAAUCUCAGAUUGAAACAGGAACCCCAUAUAUGUUGUAUAAAGAUGCUUGUAAUCGAAAAUCAAAUCAAAAGAAUUUAGGAACCAUACAGUGCAGUAAUCUAUGCACAGAAAUUGUUGAGUACAGCUCUCAUGAUGAGGUUGCUGUGUGCAAUCUGGCAUCUAUUGCUCUCAACAGAUAUGUCAAGGAUCAAGAGUUUGAUUUUAAAAAACUGAAGCAAGUCACAAAAGUUAUAACAAAAAAUUUAAAUAAAAUAAUAGAUAUCAAUUAUUAUCCUAUCCCUGAGGCUAAAAAGUCUAAUAAAAGACAUAGACCAAUUGGAAUAGGAGUUCAAGGCUUGGCUGACACUUUCAUUUUGAUGAGGUUUCCAUUUGACAGCGAAGAAGCUCAAAAAUUAAAUAUUGAAAUAUUUGAAACUAUUUAUUUUGCAGCUCUGGAAGCUAGCUGUGAGUUGGCUGAAAAAUAUGGAACAUAUGAAACAUAUGAAGGUUCUCCAGUUUCAAAAGGGAUUCUUCAGUAUGAUAUGUGGAAUGUAACUCCUACACCUCGAUGGAACUGGGCUGAGUUAAAAGAAAAAAUUGCUAAGUAUGGAGUAAGGAACAGUUUGCUUGUAGCUCCUAUGCCAACAGCUUCAACUGCACAAAUUCUUGGAAAUAAUGAAUCUAUUGAACCAUAUACUAGUAAUUUCUAUACUAGGAGGGUUUUAUCUGGAGAAUUUCAGGUUGUAAAUCAUCAUUUAUUAAAAGACCUAACUGAUCUAAAUCUGUGGGAUGAAAACAUGAAAAAUAGACUUAUUGCAGACAGUGGCUCCAUACAGAAUAUUAAUGCCAUUCCUGAUGGUCUCAAAAAAUUAUAUCGUACAGUUUGGGAGAUACCGCAGAAAAAUAUAUUAAAAAUGGCUGCUGAUAGAGGGGCCUAUAUAGAUCAAAGUCAAUCUCUAAAUGUUCACAUUGCUGAACCAAAUUAUGGAAAAUUAACAAGCAUGCACUUUUAUGGAUGGCACUUAGGUUUGAAGACUGGAAUGUAUUAUCUUCGGACCAAACCAGCUGUUAAUGCUAUUCAAUUUACAGUUGAUAAAAAAGCAUUAAGAGAAGGAAAUUCACCAUCUAUUAAUGGUAUCAAAGAAAAACAAAUGGCUGAUAUGGUUUGCUCUUUACAGAAUAAAGAAGCCUGUUUAAGUUGCAGUGGAUAGUGAUUUCAUUGUAUUAUUAGCUACCUUGCUUAAUUUAUUGAUAAAAAUAAGAUGUGACUGCUGGAAAUAUAACAAUUGACGAAGGAUUAGGAAUAUAACACCAACGGUGCCUGUUUUCCUUUGUUGGAUAUGGUCAUUAAAUAUAAUGCUUAAAAUUAGGAAUUUUACCAUUCUUUAUGGUAUUUUUUAAUCAUGUGAUAUACAAAUACAAAUUACUUUUAAUAUGCUUUCUAUUCUGUGUUUUUCACUCUAUUUUUGAUCCAGUAUUAUAUAUGUAAACUGUGUUUGUGUAUUCUUGGGGGGGGGGCUCAAUUUUCAUCAAAAAUAUUUAUUUUUAUUGAAAUUACUAUUGAUUUUUUUAAUAUAGCGAUAAUCAUAAUUUAUGUGUGUAAUUUCUGCUUACCAUUGAACUUCUACAUAAAAAAGAAUGGUAACAAUAUCAAAUUUUUAUCCACCUUUUAUAUAUGUAACUCACAUAUUUAUUAUUUUUCACUAAAUCUACUCUUAAAUAUUGUAUAUAUGUUACGGUGAAACACCGAAAUCUGGAGAAUGUCAACAUUCACAUAGUCUCUUGGUGUAUGUCCGAAAUAUUUUCA